AUGGGAGGUAGAAAAACCAUUUUUCUUUUAUUUUAUCAGCUGUUUAUAACUUCUGCACUGUGCAGUAAAAACCUAAUUCAAUUAAAUUAUCAAAUAAAUUCGUAUUCGUUAGAUAAUAAAAAUUAUAAAGAAUGGAAUAAUAUAGGAACAUUUAUAUUAAACAAAAAUCAAAUAUUUAAUACAUCAAAUACGCAUGUAGAGGAAAAAAGAAAACUUAUUGAAAAAUUAAAGGAAGGGAAAUUCGAUUAUGUUUUAUUUCAGUUAUGCUAUGAUACAAAGCAACAAACAUGUAUACAGACAUAUGCUGAUAAAAGCAAAGUUCAUAAUGUUGACAACUUUGCACUUUUAGUAGGAUUAAAUAAUAAUUAUAUACCAUAUGUGUUUAAUUAUAGAACACAUAAACAGCAUAAUGAUGAAAACAUUCAUAUAUUCUCGGAGUUGUUUAUGGUUAAAGUUUCUUCAGUAUCAGUGUCCAUUGACUUACAUAAUUUAAAAAAAGCAGAGGGCAAUGUAAAACCAAAAAAUAAAGAAAAUGAACAAGAGAAAGAAAAAGAAAAACCCUUAUCCUUUAUACGUAAAUACUGGAUUUAUAUAGCCAUAUUUUUUUUAUCCUUAUCUAUAUCAAAACAUUUCACAGAAGAUAUGCAGCAGCCGACCAAUAGGUAA